UUAACAGCAUCAACGACUCUCGGUCUUUGCGUGACGAUCGACUGCCUCUCCCUCCGUUGUCCGAUAACCAGACGUUGUAAUCCGAUACACCGGCGGCUAUCGAUAUGUGGACAGGGUACCAGUGUGCCGGAUCUUUUCCUCACAAGUGCUAUCAACGUCUCCAUGAAGGCCAUGAAUUCCAACGUAGCAAGACCAUUGAUACGCCCAGACUCGAUUAUCGAUGGGAGCCCGCUCAGUGCAUACUGGCGCCGUUCCAUGCUCGACUACUUGCAGAUCAUCUUGCAGAACACCCCCUGUUAUUCGUGGGCGACUCCAUCAAUCAGUUGCAGUUUGAAAGUUUAGCUUGCUUGCUUGGGCGGGAUCUUGAAAGUCCCAUGGGAGAUACGAACAUGACAGGAGGACAUCCUGAUCGGUGGGUGAGCCAGUGGGUGCACAAAAAAUAUGUUGACAAACCAGGUGCCGUGACCAUGGCGUACCUGCGCUCUGACUAUUUGGUGCGAUUGGACGAUUUUAAAAUCAUGGAACCGAUGGACGAGGAAGGCUACCAAAUUGGGAGAGGAAGCAACUUUCCUUGGGCGCAUGUAUUGCCACGGUUUGAUUACAUCAUUCUGAAUACGGGACCUCACUGGCAUCCUGAUUUGAAAUGGGGACCCGACCGUUCUCGAGACGAGUUAUUGGCAUCCUUCACCGAAGCUAUGGGCGUCGUGUUUGACUAUUUGAAGAAGAACGUGAAAUCGCAUCAACGCGUAUGGAUCCGAAGCACCCCUUACGGUCACGCCCGAUGUUCUCGUUUCAAAUCCCCAGAUACCGUACCACGACCGCCUACUGGCAAAGAAGGCGAAUACGAGUGGGAUAUGCUGGAAAAGUUUGAUCAUGUGUGGAAGCAAUGGAUUAUCGAUGAGAACGAUGAUCGUUUCCACUUCCUCAAUGUAUCUCUAUCCAACUUGCGUGGCGAUGCUCACUCGCGUCCUGAUUCCGAUUGUUUACACACAUGCUUACCAGGCCCAGUGGAUGAUUGGAACAAACUGCUAUACAGCGAGAUGGCUCGUAUCAGUGCUUAGAACGUCCAUGGCUUGUGCCACCCUCCCAAAUAUCCAACCUUUUACCCUUUUUUUUUUACAUGUUUCCCCUUUUCUCUUUAUACGAUCUCAAAUUGAUCAGCCUGCUGCACAUCAAUAUUUAAUUUUUUCUUUUCACUUUAUUAUUUCAUCAC